UAGCAAGCCACGAGUCAUAUGUUUGAAGAAGACAAACAGAAAUCUCUCAUGAAGGAAGUGUGAUCGACAUUAUCUGAUGACCAUGUUUUGGAAUCUGCCUUUUCGUGCAUCUGUCUAUAACAAACUCAUCUUUGUGCUUCGAAAUUAGCGUGCUCUUUGGUAUUCAUUUUGAGAGUAAAAAGCACAGCGAAAUUUGCUUGACCGUUGGCCGUUAACGUGUGUUGUUCAAAGCGUGCUGUGCAUGGGGAAGUCGUGCAAUGAAUUUCUUUGUCUGCUCUCAAAUCAAGGCAAUUGGCCUGUUUGUUACGUUAUUUGCGUAUGCGACGAGUCAAGACACGGGUACCUUUUCUACGAAACCGAAAGAUAAGGAGGUAUUUGUCGGAAAGGAUGUACAGUUUGAUUGGGAAUAUGUUAAGGAAGACGUUCAAGAUAUCCAAUUCGGAGUUGUUAUCGAAAAUAAAAAUGUAGCCAUUCUGGUUAAGACCGACAACGGAACUAAACAGAACAACCUACACAAGGAUGUUGAAUGGGUUCGAGACAGAGUUGAGAUCGUCCCUGGCAAGCGAGCGAGUUUUAAGAUUAGGAAUCUUGAAAUGGAAGACUCUAGGACUUUCUUUUGUCAAAUAAGAUAUGGAAAUCAUGGAAAAACCGAAAGUGACGAAGUCAAACUGUCCGUUGUCGGUGAGUAGUAUGCAAACAAUUUUUUCAAUACACUGAUUCUUAAAUUUACGCGCGCGUAAUU